AUGCAACAUUCUCCGCCGAUAUCAGAUGCUCAAAUUCGUGCCCUAUUUCUGGUCAAUGCUUUGCCAUUUAUUGGAUUUGGCUUCCUCGACAAUAUGAUUAUGAUCGUUGCAGGGAACUACAUCGAUCAGGGGUUGGGCACGUUGUUGUGCCUUUCAACCAUGGCUGCAGCUGGUUUUGGAAAUUUGAUAUCUGAUGUGGCUGGUGUUGGCCUCGCACACUAUGUCGAGAGCGUUUUCCACAAAUUAGGAGUCAGACAUCCAGUUCUAACGACAGAACAGCUGUGCAGUUCUAGGGCUCGUUGGACGACAAAUGCUGCGCGCGCUUUUGGACUUUCAAUCGGAUGCAUCAUUGGGAUGUUCCCAUUGUUAUUUUUUGACCCAGAUAGUAGCGAAAAUGCUCGGAAUAAAUCCGAGACUUCCCCGAAUACGUAA